AUGGCUUCCCGAAUUUGCGGGUCCCGAUUCUACGUUAACGAAAAAGGCGAUCCACGGCGAGAAGCCACCAUCGGAGGGAUCAUCUCUCUGUAUGGGACCUUUUACGGGUUGACCGUCCUUCGCCCAUUCCUCGCGGACCCGGACCAACAGGUCAUGUUCAUCGAGCAGAAGACUCCGGUGGCCGAGCAGGAGGCCGAGGAAGGCCUGUGGGCGCCCAUCUCCAGUUACGAGGAAUCCGGGCACUCCCCGCUCCAUUCGAGCAACAUGCGUACGUGCCCAUUCUUCGCAUUUGAGGCCUAUGAUUACCAGACCGACAGGCGGAUCGGGGCGGUCCCUGACCUCUCGGGUCUCUUUGCCGCAGACCCGAGGUUCUGGCAUCUGCAAGGGAAUUGGGCUCUGGUCCGUCUGGAUGACCAGGAGCUGCUUCUCAACGAGGAUACAACCUCGCUGCAGUCGAUCUCGAAGUGCAGGGUCCCGGCGGGUCGCUUGCGGGUUGCAAUCAAUCACCGUCCGCUUCGGCUUCAGAGUCGCAAGCUCACCGUGAUCGACAUGCCGCCCGUCGGCCGGAUGUAUACCCUGUCGAUGCCGGGCCACCCCGUCGAUAGCGGAGCAUGGAUUGUGGAUAUGGGCAGUAUGUCCGUGUUCGCCGUCAUGGUUGGUUGUCACCACGGCAAGACAUAUGCACGUCCGGCGCUUGAGGUCUUUGGUGAGCUAUUCAAGCGCUUCUGGGCAGAGCUACCAAUGAUCACAAUGAAGUUGCCCAGUGAGCAAGAGAGUGACUGA